GUGUCCUAUUGUAGUAAGGACACAGACGUUUCCAAGCUUUAGAACCAUAGUUUAGGAAAGAAACAUAGCAUUGAGUGAAGCUUUAUGUUUAAUUUUCAGGCAUCGCAAUGGGUGUAAACAAUGGACUAACGUUGCAGGAAGGACCUACCACCAAAGCUUCGACAGAACAAUGUGACCACAAACCGUUGGCUCAUUACUUGUCCCUGCUCUGCUUCAUGCUCACCAUUGUGACUCUGCUUCAGACUCUCUGCUUGGUGCAGAUCACCUUCACAUCUCAGUCUCGCUCAAUUGCGCAAGAAAAGAAAUUGCAAGAUCUGACAAACAGACUGAGGAAGCUCAAUCAGUCCCAUCACCUCCUCUUUACCCAGUAUCCUGCUCUGAGUCAAUACUGUCCAACAAUCAACUCUUCCACUGGUGAUAGAGAGUGCAGACCAUGUUUGGCUGACUGGAAACUUAAUGGAGAUAAAUGUUUUUACUUCAGUGAGGACAGAGCUGACUGGAUCAGCAGUCAGUACCGCUGCAUGUCACUGGGAGGCGCUGUGGCUACCGUUAAAACAGAGGAGGAGCAGGAGUUUCUGUUUAAAACAGCCCAGAGCCUGAGUCAGGGAGACUCAUAUUGGCUUGGGCUGAGGGGAAGUGGUGUGGAAGGGACCUGGCAGUGGAGUGACGGCACCCCUUUGGAGAAUGGACCACAGUUUUGGUACCAUCAGCCAGAUAUCACAGGAGAGAGCAAUGAGCUCUGUGGACGGCUCACACCAGCAGACAACUACAGGAGGAGCUGGUUCAUUUCCAGGUGCUCUGGUCAGCUGAGGAGGAUCUGUGAGCGCAGACAAGCAUCUCUACAGUGACCCAGGAUACACUUUCUGCUUCGUAGGUGGCGAUGCCGUGCUAUAAAAAAAGUAUUUCUUACAGACUCCGUUUCCCAGCAUGCUUUGCGAGUGCUGUCACUGAGCAGAAAAGAAGCAGCGCGGAUUAGAGAGGAGUUUAUAAAAAAAAGGUAUGGUAAAUGUUUUAGGUUUAUUUUUUAGUUUGUUUAUUUUAAGAACAUGGUUGUAGACCUAAAGUUUGAUUAAACAGUAACUGAUGUCUGAGGGUUUCUAUUUAAUGCGAUGGUCAAACAGGUGAUAGAGAUUUAGUCAUGGAUUAGUGACUGCUGCUGAUCAACAGCUUGAACAGGUUUUAAAAACGAUUAAAUAGAAAUGUUUUACUCUUUUUUUUUAUUUUUGAAAGAGAAUACAUUUAAGAGACGAUAUAAAAUACAAAAUACAGAAAAUUACUAAUUGUAAUUUGCUGAAUUCA